GCGGGAGAGGAGUGCAGGCGAUGAACAGACACAGAAAGAGGGGCAGAGAGAGAGCGAGAGUACAGCGGCGGGAGAUAUUGACUCCAAGCUGGUCUGCAUGCUCCUCAGUGUGUGGAAAUCGGAGGACGUGAGAGCGGGCGAGAUGCACGACUGGCACAGAUGAAGACUGUCUCAGGCCGCGCUCCAGUGUCCACAUGAGUGUUUCCAAAGCUCCUCCACACCCCCCCACCUCCCACCUGGCCCUGCCCCCCUCCUCGUCCUCAUCGUCAGCACCCUCCUCCUCCGCCACCUCUCCCUCAGUGGCCGCGCCCCCGCCUUCGCCCGUGAAGAUCUCUAUGCAGGAGCACUUUGCCAUCAACGUGUGCCCAGGGCCCAUCCUUCCCAUCCCGCAGAUCUCAGACUUUUUCCCUCGAUUCCACGACUACCCCUGCACCCCCCCACCUCCCCGGGAGAAGAAGAUCCUGAAGGAAGAGACUUUCAAUGGUGUGACCGGAGGGUUCAAGGAUGGAGAGAGAAGAGCAGAGAAUGAAGGCGACAAGGAGGAAGUGUUUGACUCUGAUGAUGAGGACACAUACUUGGGAACUUUGGAGUUCACCCUACUCUUUGAUCAAGACAACAACUGUCUUCACUGUACAAUUCACAAAGCAAAGGGACUGAAAGCCAUGGAUUCCAACGGGCUGGCCGAUCCAUACGUCAAGCUUCAUCUUCUCCCAGGGGCUAGCAAGGCAAACAAGCUUCGCACAAAAACCUUGAAGAACACUCUGAAUCCAAUCUGGAAUGAAACUCUGGUGUAUCAUGGCAUCACCGCAGCCGACAUGACCACCAAAACGCUCAGGCUCUGCGUCUGUGAUAUGGACAGGCUCGGACGAAAUGAAUUCAUUGGGGAAGUGCGGGUUGCUCUGAAGAAGCUGAAGGAGGGCGAGAGCAAGCGCUACAACAUGGGCUUGGAGAGAAUUGCACAGAAUAAAGAAAGCAACAAUCAAACUGUGGAACAGGGAGCGGAGGAGGAAGAGCGUGGCCGCAUCCUGGUGUCGCUCUGCUAUAACACAGAGAAGGGCUGUCUACUGGUGGGGAUCAUACGCUGUGCCCAUCUGGCCGCCAUGGACUCCAACGGAUACUCCGACCCCUUUGUCAAAAUCAUCUUGCAGCCAGAUAUGGGGAAAAAGUCAAAGUACAAAACAUCGGUGAAGAAGAAAACGCUCAACCCAGAGUUCAACGAGGAGUUUUCGUAUGAAGUGUCCCUGGACCAGCUGGCAAAGAAAACCCUGGAGAUCAGUGUGUGGGACUACGAUUUGGGAAUGAGCAACGACUUCAUCGGCGGAGUGGAACUGGGGAUCAAUGCAAGUGGACAGAGACUCAGACACUGGUUCGACUGUCUGAAAAACAAAGGGAAGAAAGUGGAAUACUGGCACACACUGACGCAGCAAGGAGCCCCCAGCAAUGACAAACCGGACUAGAUAACGCAAAGAAAAACCCACACAGAUGCACACAUUGACAUAUGUCCUGACUAAAAGAUGACUGAAAGCUCUGACCAGGCACGGCAGAAACUGCAGCAAAACUAAAACAUGCAAUAAUGGUGGAUAUACAAGUUGUCAUUUAUUGUUAUGCGUACUGGACCAAGUAUUAGUAUAUGGUAUUGAUACUAAUCUUAGUCUUAGUGGUAAGAUAUAAUCUGAAUAUAUUUUUAAAGGUAAACAAAAUCGUGACAAUGUCCCCGUGAGAAAUUCACACGAGAUUGUGUAUAGUGGAUGUCGCUCAUAACUCUGCCAUUCUUCACCCAAUGAAGAACUCUGCAAAACCAGUUCUCAAAGUGAAUUUGGGCCAAGCAUGUGUGCAUCCCCAUACUCCAUGAUGUGGUCUAUAAGAUACAGUAUGCGUAUAGGGUACAUUUGAGAUAUUUAGUGGUUGUUGACUUGAUGCAAACAACACCAUUAUAAAGCACAAAAAAUCCAUUUUGUGGAUUUGUACCUUUACCUGUCUCAGUAUUCUUGUUCUUAUGUCUUUCAUUGUCUUUAAGUGACAGUGGCUUUCUAGACAUCCUCAUGUGUGUGUGUUGACGUUUCUAUGUGUAUGCGCACAAUGGACUUUUAGCAAAUAUGAGUGCCUACAUUGUCUGUGUAGUUUUGUCUGUUUGGAUUCACAUCGGCUCCAUUUGGAAACAUCAUGUGUCCAUCUUUGGAGAAAGGCACAAAGGUGUGAGGGAAUAACAAAGGACAAGACAGACAAACAUUAAAGUCCCUUUGCCGUCAACACAACCCUGUGGUCCUAGUGCUGAUGUUGGGAAACACUGACAAGCUGUCCAUCAUCUGUAUCAGACUUUUGUCCAUACCCAAGCAGAUUCAAAAUAGCAUCCACCUUUAUGAAUAACUCACCAGUGUUUUUGACCUGAGAAUAUAAAUAAUGAACAUUGCUUUUCAACAAUCAACGUUGGUUUGCCCUAAAUUUUGUAAAAUGCAUGUAGAGAUUGAAGUUUAUUAAAUACUAGUAAUUUACUCAAGUAGACCUUUUGAACAGACAUACAUUUAGUGCAUACAACCUGUAGAAAUAUUGACUUUUUGCAGAUUUCAAGCAUUUUAAUCCACAUCUGUUUGCAUGUGCAGUUUUAGUCCUCUAUUCUACCCUGACGGUCACAUAUAAACCUGUAAAUUAUUCCUCUGGGGAAAUAUCACCUAGAUUAAUUUGAAAGAUAGCCUUUUGAUUGGAUAAUAAUCAUCUGUAUCCAGCCUUAGAUACUCUCCUGGGAAAGCGGGUGUGGAAAAUUAACAUGAGCUAUCAGUGGGAGCCAUUGUUGUGAUCAAUGUUCCACUCGCUCCAUUAUUUCUGACCUAUUAACAUCAAUGUGUGUGGCUUAUAUUUCAUGGUCUGGACAGAAGGCAAGAGUAGUGGCGGGGCGAGAGACAUUGGCAAGAUCAUGUCUGCAAAUCACUUGGAACAGACAAGAAAGGUGUAGCCUGGAGAAAGAUAACCCCUGCAAUGCAACUCCAGGAGGUAAAGACAAAAUCCACAUAUUAGCCAGCAGGGAGCACUGGGUAAUCACAGGUCAGACUAUUUCAUUAUGUGAUGUCUUAUUCCAUUUCGUUUGUCACUACUGCUUGGCCUGGGUAACAGAAAGGGCAUGUUAUUUCACAAUUUUGAACCAAUCAGUUACUCAUAUUUUGGAGUCUUGGAGUCCUUCUAACACUGUAAAUGUGUUGUUAAUUAAGCAGAAAACUGUAUCCCCUAUGUGUUAAGAGUAUACAAGGGCUUAUGUAAAAAUAGCUCAUAACACAUUCCUUAUUCAAGGCUUGGAUUCUGCUUUCUCUAUGCACAUCUAAACUCCGAGCACGUCAGCAAUGAGAUAAUCAAACCAAAACAGCAACCAGUUAUCAGUGCAUCAGCAGCACAUUUAGGGGAAUAAUUUAGCUGUUCUGGUUCGGACUGGGCGACAGUGAUUAAAUUGAGCUCAUAUUUCUGCUCAGAGUGUCGUCUAUUUCUGUCUCUGGGCUCUGCUGGAUUUGUGGAUUUGUUUACAGACACCAAAUAUUUCAGGCUCUUGUCUAUUAGCCCCGCUUUGCUUAUGUAAUCUUUUUAUCUGCAAAUACAGCCACAUGUUUUGCAAUCAUCAGGAGCUGUUGUAAAAGAGUGCAACCUUGGCUAAUCCAACAGAAUGCUCAUGUGUUUACACACUUACACAUUCUCUCUCCUGCUGCUGCUGCUGCUGUGUAAUGGACUACAUCAGUUACUACAAUGAAUCAGGGUAUUUACUUCUCUGCUUGAGCCUACAGAGUGAGCUACUGCUUUAACAACCUUUUCCUAUGGUCACAGAAGUUGACACUUGUCUUUCUUAAACUGGUAUUGAUCAUUAGUGGCAAUGUAGAAGGUCAACGAUGCAGAAAAUGAAUACAUGAGAAGUUAUCAUUACAGUUUGUGUAUUCACUGUUGGUCAAUCACACAGCAUGGCUGCCAUCAUGUGGCCAGUUUGUGUAGUACUUUGCAAAAUAAAUCAAGUUGUUUCUGUGUUUUUGGACUUUCUUUCA